CGCGCGCUAUCGCAUUCUCUGUGCGUUUGAUUUGAUAAUUCUGCAUUCUGCUAUUCUGCACUUACUUCUUUAUCAGUAUAUAUCUACAUUCCGGACUUAGUCGGUCGACGGCUUCGGAACGACCUAACCCUCUCCCGAUUUCUCUCCGUAGUCCGUCACUGUCAUCAUCAUUACCAAGUAGUACAUAAGGACACUUGUAGUUAGGCACCGUACACUCUUGGGUAUAACUCUUGCUCUAAGGUAAAACUGUAGGAAUCCACUUCACACAGAAGCAAGAUGAGCUUUUUCACGAAAGUUUUCGGGGGCAAGAAGGAACCGCCCGCCCCGACGACCUCCGAGGCUAUACAGAAGCUCCGGGAGACGGAGGAGAUGCUAGUCAAGAAGCAGGACUUCCUGGAGAGCAAGAUCACACAAGAGAUACAGACUGCCAGGAAGAACGGAAAGAUCAACAAGAGAGCUGCUAUUCAAGCACUGAAAAGAAAAAAGCGUUAUGAAAAACAAUUACAGCAAAUCGAUGGAACACUAUCCACAAUCGAAAUGCAGAGAGAAGCACUGGAGAGUGCAAACACAAAUACCAAUGUGCUCACUACGAUGAAAAGUGCAGCUGAUGCUUUGAAAGCAGCCCAUCAACACAUGGAUGUUGACCAAGUGCAUGAUAUGAUGGAUGACAUAGCUGAGCAACAGGAUGUUGCAAGAGAGAUUUCAGAUGCGAUUUCAAAUCCAGUGGCAUUUGGCCAAGAUAUCGAUGAAGAUGAACUAGAAAAAGAAUUGGAGGAAUUAGAACAAGAAGAGCUGGACAAAGAAUUAUUGGGUAUACAGAGUACAGACGAGUUACCGUCCGUUCCUACAGGUGUACCAGAAACAUCCAAAAAAUCAAAAAAACAAGAAGAAUCAGACGAUGAACUCAGAGACCUAGAAAAAUGGGCCUCGGCAUAGUAAGGUCAGAACUUAAAGAAUAGAAUUUUAUUCUCAUGUACAGAUUUCUAUAUCAUUCACUACUUUCCUCCUUGUACAUACUAUAAAGCUUUUAAGAAACUAAAAUUAUUUAACAUUUGUUUUAAUUAUCCUGAAACGUACUACGAUUUUAAAAUUUUUGAAAAACUAAAACUGGUAAACUAGUUUCUAAUAAAAUGUGUUGUAAAGAAAUAUUUUAAAAACUAUUGAAACAUGAUAGUUAUCACUUCCUUCUUCCGAUUCCUGGUAAAGUUGCUUCAUGCAUGUAGAUUACCUCUGAAAGAGGUAAAUAAAAAGAUUUAUGUCGCCAAUUGUAAUGUAAAAAGUUAAAAAUAUUAUUUUUGCACGUCUUGGGCACGGAUACUAUACAGAAGUGCCUUAUUAAGACAAAAUUUCGAACUAAUCACUAAUUAAAAUAUUAGCUGUUAAUUUCAUGGCUUAUUGUCUUUAUUUUCUUUCAUUAAAUAUCUUGUGAUAUUCAAAUUCAUGGCACACCAUUAUAAUUAAUUAAGAUAAUGUUGUAUGAAAAAAAGUACGUAACUUAUGUGACUUGUAUCAAUUCCAGAUGUCGAAUCUAUCUUACAUAAAGCCAAAAAAAAUGAAAUGCAAAUUAAGGAUUGGGCAAUUCAGUAAUUGAAAGUCACCUCUGAAUUCGUGCAAAAUGAUGAUAAAAAAAGGACAUCUGUGAUAUUUUAUUGCACUAGUAAUGUCCCUUGUAUUAUUAUUAAUUGUUGAUGACGUGGUGCACAUAAAUUGGAACUUACCAACCGUAAAUUGUACAAUUAACAUGCUCUAACACAAUACUGAUGAUGUAUAAAAUAUUACUACGCAUAAUAAUGCAAAACCAUUUGUGGAGAUGAAUCUAAUGGGAAGGUCUUUUGAAAAUGAGUAGUGAUCGCUUUAUAAGUUUGUUAUCAUAAUGAUGUACAUAGUUAUAAUUUUUUUGGAUUACUAGCUGAAAUAGUUUAUUAAUUAAAUACUCGAACAAAUCUAUGGUUCAAUUUGCUAAACAUAAAUUUUAAUAAAUGUAAUGUAACAUGAUACAUUAUAUUUUUGGUUGAACAUCACAGAAUUUUUAU